AUAAGAAAACAAAGAAAAAAGAAAAAGAGUACUGACAAAAAGCCCAGAAAUAUCCUGAUUACGACUCUCUCCCCUCACGCCUCCCCAAAUAAAGAGAGAGCAACCAAAAACCCUAUUUUGAAAAAUUAAAAUAAAACAAAAUAAUAAAUGAAUAACGUAAACUAAUUAAAUUACUCUCCACCAACAUCCGUUUCAGCUUCCAUCGAAGAAGACGAAGUAGAAGCUUUCACUUUCUGAGGAGUUAGUUUUUAUUUUCUUCAAUUCUCCUUGGAGACCAUGGCUCGUCCUUCUUCGGCGUCUGCAACGGCCAAGCUUCCUUCUAUCAAACCAGAGGAUUACGCUCACAGUCCCGUUCACUACGCCGUCGUUUUGGGAGAUCACGCUUCACUCUCUCUUCUUCUCUCUUCCGUUCCAAAGCUCGGAGAUCCAGAGCAGAUCCGCACCGAGUCCGACUCACUGAGCCAAGAACGAAUCGCGGAUCAGAUCUCUGCCGUCCUUGACCGCCGCGACGUUCCCUCACGCGAGACGCCGCUCCAUCUAGCGGUUAGACUCAACGACCUGCUCGCGGCAAAGGCGAUUUCAUUAGCCGGCGCUGACAUUUCGCUCCACAACGCCGCGGGAUGGAAUCCGUUACAGGAGGCUUUCUGUCGCCGGAACUCUGAGAUUAUGAAAGUGCUUCUGAGUCAUCACCACCGUUUAGCGUGGUGCAAAUGGCGGAGGCGGUUACCGCGAUUGAUCGGUGUUCUCCGUCGCAUGAGAGAUUUCUACAUGGAGAUAUCUUUCCACUUCGAGAGCUCUGUGAUUCCUUUCGUCGGCAAAAUUGCUCCCUCUGACACCUACAAGAUCUGGAAACGCGACGGCAACCUCCGCGCCGAUACUACCUUGGCCGGAUUCGACGGAUUGAAAAUCCAGCGUGCCGAUCAAAGCUUUCUUUUCCUCGGUGACGGUGACGAAUCUCUCGACAUCUCUCCUGGAUCGUUGCUUGUACUGAAUCGAGACGACCGUAAGAUCCUAGACGCGUUUGAGAGUGCUGGAGCUCCGAUUAGCGAUUCGGAUAUCGCUGGAUUCUGCUCUCAGUCUAGCUUGUACCGUCCGGGGAUGGAUGUUACUAAAGCUGAGCUCGUCGGGAGGAUGAAUUGGCGGCGGCAAGAGAAGAUGGAAAGCGUCGGAGAUUGGAAAGCUAGGGUUUAUGAAAUUCAGAAAGUGACUUUCAGUUUCAGGUCUCGGAAGGUCGUUAACGACGGCGAGAGCGAACAAGUUCAACCUCUAGAGCUAGACGAAGACGAUGAUGGAUUCCUAGUAGCGGAGAAUCCGAGUUUCUUAGCUCCGCAGAGGUCACAGAGACGGCACAGUAGCUUCGUUAACGAAGACAGAGAUUGGAUUUCCGUUGGGAGAAAAAGCGUCGACGUAUAUCCCUCUGCCGCACCACCACCGCAGUUUCAACCACCAAGAAGAUCAGUAACUCAAUUCCAGCCUCCGAGAAGGUCAAUGGCCGUACCUUCAACCGCCUCCGCCGCACCACCACCGCAAUUCCAACAACCGAGAAGAUCAGUAUCACAAUUCCAGCCAGCGAGAAGAUCAGUGGCCGUACCUUCAACGGUGAAUCCUCCACCAUCUCCUCAGAUUAAAGAGAAGGAAUUCGUCAAGAGCUUGCAUCCGUCUGUUUGGUUGACGGAACAGUUUCCGUUAAAGACAGAAGAGCUGCUUCCGUUACUCGACAUUUUAGCGAACAAGGUCAAAGCCGUCGCGAGAAUGCGUGAGCUCCUCACCACCAAGUUCCCGCCGGGAACUUUUCCAGUCAAGUUGUCGAUUCCGGUGGUCCCGACGGUCAAAGUAGUAAUCACAUUCACCAAGUUCGUCGAUCUUCCACCAGCGGAGCGAUUCUACACACCACUCUCAAGUCCGAGAUUCCUCUCCUGUGCAGACCAAUGGGAUGAUGAUGAGGAAAAAUCAGACGCUCGGAAUUCAACCUCACGGCCAUCUUCGUGGCUGAGACGCACCGGAUUAGGCUCACAGAGGCGGAUAGAGGAGGAGGAGCAACAAUCACCGGACCCAUUUGCUAUACCUAUUGGGUAUAAGUGGACAAGCAUGAAGAACAACAAUAAGUCCGAUAGUAAAAUGAAGAGAUCAAAGUCUACUAAGAGAGCUAAAUGAAAGAAGAUAUAAUCUCUAGUAUUUUUUUUUUUUGUUGUUGUUCUUGUUGAUAUUCUGAAAUUAGUAAGUAGUCAAUAUAGAGGAAUUAUUUCUGGAUGUAGUUUUUUUUUUUUUGUUUACUCUACAUUUUUUUUAAAAUCUGAAAUGGUUAUAAGUAGGGAUUCAAAUACUGUCAUUUUUACCCCCCCUUUUUUUUUUGGUCAUGGUCUGAAAGACUUUAAUAAUAAAUGCUUUAUAUGAAUGCAAGACUAAAGUAAAAAAGAAGAAACGUAGAGAAACAGCUAUGAAUUCAUGCUUUUAUUUAUGGGCCAACAUAGGUUACCAGACGUUGAAUUAACUUUUCUAUGUACCAAAACAACAUAUAUAUUCCUUGGUAUUCUGUACUAAAGUUCGAACUAAUGACUUUUGAUACAGCAAUAAUGAAUGUUCUGCUUUAGGUUACAUAAGACGCAAAAUCUUAUUCUUGGUAUGAUAAACUGAAAUACUUAGUACAUUAUUAGAGGGUCUUGGAAACUUGGAGGUGAAGGUAAUUGCGUGGGACAUGCUUUAGUAGAUUCGUGACACUUACAUUUUUCAUAGGAUUUGUCGAAAGAAAGUCUUUUUUUUUAUUAUUUUCUUAUACAUAAAAAAUUGCAACACAAGAUGAAAUGUCACAUGGAAUGGGAAAUGUUUAGAUGUCUUAAAUCACGACCUACAUCUUAUGCUUUAUACCUAGAUAUUCCAAAACAACGUUUGCUUUGCAAGUCGGAAACGAACAAACUUUGAGGAAGUUAAGUGCAUCCAAUGACAAAUCCCAAAAAUACAAUAUUUAACAAACUAAUAAAUCCAAAGAUUUGAAGUUUGAACCUUUGGCAACACCAAAAGGACAACCUAAAGAAUAAUAAUUUACAAUAUAUAUUGUAAGAAGAAAUAAAAUUAAAGAACAACCUUAGUUUUUAUAGUCUCCAUUUUCCCUACUCAUUUUGCUAAUAUCAAAAUCGUCUUUCUUCUCCAAUAAACUCUCAACACAUUAGAGGAUUUUGAUAUUGUGCUGCACUAAGAUUUUGGACUAUGACAAGUGAGGCACCAAAUUGGGCAUCAAAGAAGAACCGGAGAGAUCAAAGAAAUGCUGGAGGAAGAGAACAUCAAAAGUGCGGCAAGAAUUCCGGCAAGGUCAAAUCGGGACAUUUAUUCUUAAAAAAAUGAAAAGAAGACCCCUUUUUUCUCUCAAGAUCUUAAUCUAUCAUUGUAUUUGUUAUGAAUAACAUUUUUUAUAGUAAAGGUGUAAAAACCAGUACUUAGAAAAAGAAGAAAAAAAUCCAAAGCAAAAUUUACAUAUAAUCAGUCCAAAGCAACAUAAAAAAAUUCUCCAUAUUCAAAGAGCAUAGCAUAUAUGUACAUGAAAACACUUCAAAAGUAGACAGAUUUUAAACCAAACCAAAAGUGUUCUCUCCACUAUAAGUCAU